CAGCAGGAUUCGCUUCCAACAGAUAGUUUUCGCGGUGUGCUUGGAAGCGAGAAAUGCAAGUACGAGCGUAAAAUGAUUGAAGCGUUUCACGGUGACUUCGAUUGCCCGCUUUCAUAUCGAUUCUUGCGACGAUUUGCACGAGUUGCCGAAAAAGAUAUGCGGACACUGACGCUAGCCCGUUAUAUCCUGGAAACAUCGCUUCUCUUCUACGAAUUCAUCAGCGUUCCAGACAGUAUGAUGGCAGCCGCUGCCUUGCUUCUCGCUAUUCGAAUGAUCCGAGCUGGCCAUUGGGUAGCACACUAUUCAUUUUUAAAAGAACUCCCGCAACUACUACGAUUGCCUGAAGCUGCUACUGAAGCGCACGCUAUUUCAAGUGCAGUGCUCAUCAAUCUGGAUGAUCCAACUGAAUUUGUGAAUUAA